CUGACCCUGGGGGACCGAGUGACGGCGGAACGGUGUGCGCGAGCGAGGAGCGAGAGCGGAGCAUGGCCCACCGGCUGCGUCAGGGCGCCCGCGUCUGGGUGCGAGACGCCACCACCGUGUGGAAGGCGGCCACUCUCAAGGCCGACUAUGUGAAGGACCGGCUGACACUGGAGCUGGAGGACUCCGGGGAGGAGCUGGAGCUGACCGUCAAGGACGACUCUGAACUGCCGCCGCUGCGGAAUCCGGAGAUCCUGAUCGGCGAGAACGACCUGACCAGCCUGUCGUACCUGCACGAGCCGGCUGUGCUCUACAACCUGCGCGUGCGCUUCUGCGACCACGGCGCCAUCUACACCUACUGCGGUCAGUUGGCGUGGCCUGUGAGGGCUUGA